UCCUUUCAGAGUGAUUCAUUUGAUUCAGUCAUAAUUUCGAAUAACAAAUAUCUAUUUCGAAUACACAAAGAAAGCGAUUGUCCAUGGAUUCGUUGAUCAGAAGGUUCAAGGCGCUACACCACGUGGAUGAUUUUGAAAAUGACGCUAGAUUCGAGGAGCUCAAGAUAAAGGAGCCGGCAGCUAAAAUAUCCAGUCUGGAUAAACUUUUUGAGGAACUUAGCAUCAACGAAGGAAGUUCUGCCGUAGAGGACUUGAUCACCAAGCCGAUAAAGGAGGAGAACUACCCAUAUAAGGAUUACUUUAGCAAGAGUCCCAUAGAUUUUCCGUGGCAAAAGGCCUUUGAGAAGGGGGAAAGUUCAGUGGCACCCGACUGGUAUAUCGACUAUGAGAACAUCUUCGAGAAUGUGGCCAAUCUCGCCGAAGUGGAGCAGAAACUGGAGUUGCUCUACAGACCCUUCACCUGUGUGAUGGACGUCAAUUGCCGCUUCAAUAUGUACGAGUUGUGCCUGCUGAUGGCCGAGUCCCGCUUCGAUCCGGGUAGUCACCCAUCCGUCGUUGUGAAGAUCACCCAUCCCAGUGCCCAGGUGAAGAUCCAUGCUGGUGGCAAGAUUUCCUCCACCGCCCUGAACGCCGAUUCGGCCAGGAGUGCACUCUUCAAGGUGAUCAGGAUCCUGAACGAUCUCGACUACAAGGUGGAGAUCAAGAACUUCAGCAAGAACAUCGUGAACGCCUCCUUCAGCAUGCCCUUCAAAAUCGAUCUGGAUCUGAUGAGCCACCGCCAUGUGGUCGAGGCAGCUCGGAAUAGAAGCAAGAGACCAUUCACCACUUGGACCACCGAGAAGUUGGGCGUGAGAUUCGCCGUCUUUCCCACUGGCUUCGUUUUGGUGCUGCACUCCAGCAGUCACUUCGAGACACGUGAGGCUAUAGCCGACUUCCUGCCCAUCCUGGCCAGACUCCAGAACGGAUAUCCCACGGCUGAGGAGAAAGUGGGACAACUGGUGGGCGAUCUCACCUACAAGUUGUUGUGGGAAAAGCGCUUGGAGGAGGACAAGGAGGGCCUGUUGCUCUACUCCUAACAUAGUAAUAUUAAUAUAUUCAUUUAAAUUCGUGCCUAGCUUUGUUUAAAGAAU